CUCCGUGGUGCUGAAGACGCGCGCGCUCACACGCUCCCACUCAGCCGCGACUCGACACCGGGACCAUGGAGGGAUGCUCGCGGAAACUUUUGCUCCUCUGCUGCCUGCUGGCCGCAGCGCGGAGCCGCGCGCAGGACUUCGGACGCACGCAGUUUAUUUGCACGUCGGUCCCCAAAGACGUGGACUUGUGCGCCGCUUCGAUGCAGAGCAGCGGGCCGGCGGAGGACCUGAAGAGCACCAUCACGCAGCUGCGCGAGACCGUGCUGCAGCAGAAGGAGACCAUCGUCAACCAGAAGGAGACAAUCAGGGAACUAACGUCCAAGCUGAGCCGCUGUGAGAGCCAGAGCCUCCCGGUGGGGGUGGGGGGCCCCGGCGGGAGGCGGCCGGGGGCCAAGAACACCAUGAUGGAUGUAUCCCGGGGCACCGCGGACACGCUGGCCCAGCUGGGGCAGACUUUACAGACCCUCAAACAGAGACUGGAGAACCUGGAGCAGUACAGCCGCGGGAACGGCACCGCGCAGGCGAACAGCCUGAAGGACCUGCUGCAGAACAAGAUAGACGACAUGGAGAAGCAGGUUCUGUCCCGGGUCAACACGCUGGAGGAGAGCAAAGCGGGCUCCAGGAACGACACGGAGCAGCGGAACCGGGUGGAGUCCACCCUCACCUCCCUGCACCACCGGAUCUCAGACAUGGAGAAAGGUAAAGACAGCAGGCCGACAGAUGAGUUCCAGCUGACCUUCCCCCUCAGAACCAACUACAUGUACGCCAAAGCCAAGAGGAGCCUCCCUGAGAUGUACUCCUUCAGUGUGUGUCUGUGGAUCAAGUCCAACGCCUCCCCUGGGGUGGGGACGCCGUUCUCCUACGCCGUCCCGGGUCAGUCCAACGAGUUGGUGCUGAUCGAGUGGGGCAACAACCCCAUGGAGUUCCUCAUCAAUGACAAGGUUGCAAAGCUGCCGUUUCUCAUCAACGAUGGGAAGUGGCACCACCUCUGCAUCACGUGGACCACCCGGGACGGGAUGUGGGAGGCCUUCCAGGAUGGAGUGAUGCGGGGAAACGGGGAGAACCUGGCACCAUACCACCCCAUCAAACCAGACGGAGUGCUGGUCCUGGGACAGGAGCAGGACACGUUGGGCGGAGGUUUCGACGCGACGCAGGCCUUCGUCGGCGAGCUCGCCAACCUGAACAUCUGGAACAGGAAACUUUCCGUCAGCGAGAUCUACAACUUGGCAACCUGCAACAGCAAAGCACUAGCCGGGAACGUUUUCUCCUGGACAGAGAGCAACAUUGAAAUAUUUGGCGGAGCCACCAAAUGGACCUUUGAGCCAUGCCGUUCGCUUAACUGAGCUGCAGCUCCGCUUUCCUGGGAAAAAAAAAAAGAGGCCUCUCUGUAUUUCUGAGCUUUUCUCGUUCCUGUCAUUCGUUUGAGACUUUAUGAGUUAUUGAUAAGCUUAAU